AUGCAAAAUCGCAUCGAUCGGUUGGAAGGAUUGGUUCUUUCGUUGAUGACAAACGGUUCUCAGUCUGCAGGUCCGGCUGCUGCUAUGGCGGCGAUUUCCGGGGACAGUAGUGUGGGCUCGACUCGGUUCUCCCAUGACAUCGAUAUCGAAGAGGAGGGCAUGGAGGGCGCCGAAGAGAGCGACACGGACCAGGUGACGAAGUCGUUUGGUAUCAUGAAGAUGGACAACAACAAGUCUUAUUAUAUCAGUGAAGCUCAUUGGGCCUCUGUAUUGAACGAUAUCUCCGAGGUGCGAAGUUUUUUCGCCACUCACAAGAAACAAGCCGAUGAGCAAUUUAAGAAAGUCAAAGCUGCCCGGCCAGCUAGUGAUACACCAGGCGCAACUUUGUUGUUUGGUAUCAAUAAGGCGAUGAGCCGUAGCGAGAUUAUGACGGGCUUACCUUCCAAGUACACAACUGACAUUCUUAUUGCUCGCUAUUUCAAUUGCUAUGACCCUGCAAUCCAUGUUCUUCAUGGGCCCACAUUUCAAGCACAGUAUAAUAAACAUUGGGAUGAUCCUGCCGCAACCGAACUCGUCUGGAUCGCUAUGCUCUUUGGAAUGAUGAGAUUAGCAAUGCUGUCUUACCACCGCGAAGGCGAUGAGCCACCUGAAUUUCGGGACAAGUCUUUGGACAUGGCUGGGGGAUUCCGAAAUUCUGUAGCACAGUGCUUAACAUUGGCUGACUACACGAAAUCUCACCCUUUCUUGAUCGAGGCGCUCGUGUUUCAUUUACAAGGUGAUUUCUCUCAAACUCGGGAGGCAGACAUUUCGAUUUGGGUUAUGACUGGUGUUGUUGUUCGCCUAGCAAUGCGAUCAGGAUAUCACCGCGACUCCAAAAUGUUCCCAAACAUCACACCUUUCCAAGGUGAGAUGCGACGACGAGUGUGGACCUUCGUGCGCCAAGCCGACCUUCUGUUCUCAUACCAGGUCGGGUUGCCAGGCAUGAUCCGGGGUACAGAUAGCGAUACUGAGCUACCACGGAAUUUGUACGAUGAUGAUUUCGAUGAAGACUGCAAGGAGCUCCCGCCCCCUCGUCAAUUGAACGAGCCAACACCAGUCUCGUAUUUGAUUGCGAAGGCGCGCCUGUCAUAUGCAUUCAGUCAUGUGGUUGAACAAAGCUCUGCUGUCUCAUCGGCACCCUACGAAAAGGUGAUGGAAAUCGACGCGGAGCUCCGACAGGCAAGGGAACUGAUCCCUGAUCACUUGUGUAUUCGGCCUAUGGAGGAGUGCCAGUUGGAUCCUGUUAAUCUUAUCAUGUCACGUUUUUCUGUAAUGGCCGUAUACAACAAAGCUCAGUGUGUGCUUCAUCGCCCUUAUGUGGUUCGUGCACGAGAAAAUCCUCGUUUUACCUACUCUCGAAGGACAUGUAUCGACUCGGCAAUGGAGUUAUUACAAGUUCAGGCGCUCUUACACGCGGAAACGCGUAACGGACGCCUACGCAGUCGCCAGAGCCGAGUUAACUCUCUCAGCUCAGCCGACUUUUUACUCGCAGCCACCAUUGUUGCUCUCGACCUGUAUCACGGCUUGUCAUUGCAGGUGAGUGGCCGACCAUCGGGAGACACGUACACCUGGGGCCGAGAGCGGCGCGAUGAAAUGACUGCCGCAAUUCAACUCUCGAAAGAUAUUUGGGACGAGUCGCGAGAUGAGAGCAUGGAAGCAUGGAAAGCAUCCAGCAUUCUAGGUGUGAUGCUCAGCAAGCUGCAGAUGUCGGUCCCAAGCCUCGAAAAUGCCGCCGGAGCUGCUUCAUUUGAACCACAAGACGAAAAGCAGAACGCGGCCAUGACCCUCGGCCUGCUGAGUAGCGGGAUGAGCCCGAUGAACCCUGGCCCGCCGCCAUUUGCUGAUCCCAUGUUCAGGAUGAGCGAUUCACCAAUGGGAAUAAGAGCAGCCGGGAUGGGCGCCUCGGCCGAAAUGCCAGGUGCGCUUUCGCCCUUCAGCAGCAUGUUCGGGCAGAUGCCGGACAUGCAGGUCAAUCUGGAUUGGGAUGCUUGGGACACAUACAUCCAGAAUCCAAUCCUCGACACAUCAAACCAAUUCUGGCCUAUGGUUGAUGCACAGCGCCAAACAGUUCCACAGUCUGGAAGCAUGUCACACUCUUCCGUGCCUAGCCCUCUGCCCUCAGGGCGGGUGUCAUCGGUUGUUGGUCUUCCGCGGCCACCGACAAUGUUCUCAGCAUCCUCCAACAGUCCCGAUAGUGGAGGUGUACCAGCAACGGGAUUUGGCAUGCCGCAAAUGCCCCAACAAAACAAUGGUCAGGGUCAAGGUUCCCAAUGA